AUGCUUCAGCUCUCCCGGCCCCGCUUUUUCAAGCUGGAAAAUGGGGGUGAUAACGGCUAUAAAAACGGGGUGAUCAUGGUUACAAAAACAGGGAUGAUAACGGCUACAAAAACGGGGUUGAUAGUGGCUACAAAGGCAGCGGGAGGCUGCAGAGUGCUCCAAGGAGGACAGGGCAGGUUCCUCCAGCGUGACAGAUAUGUAAAAAAGCCGGGGAGGGAGCCGGGAGCCGCAGCGCCGGCCGCAGCGCUUCCCGCUGGGCCUGUCGGCGUGCCGAGCGGCGCGAGUCGUGCCAAAAACCCACGGAGGAGACGGAGCGGGCAGGGGUGCGAGAAGAUCCACGGCUCCAUGGGGAGCGCGAGCCGACAGCGGGAAGUCGAAGCAAAACGGGAGCCGCUACAACCCCCCGUUUGGACGGGUUCUAUUGCGGGUCUAGGGGGAAGGUUCCAUGCCAGGAAUGGCAAAAUUGACAGGAAUAACCUCUUUGGGUGGGGGGAGCAGCCUAUGGACAGAGCUAAAACCAGUGCAGAAGCAUCGCAGUCCACGGCGCUGCCCCGGCCUCUCGUCCUUCACCGCCACUUUGUGCCUCUCGAGAGAGCCCGUCCGCGGGAUGGUGGCCGCUCCGGGGCCCGCGCUGAGCUCUCCUCCUCCCCGCAGGUCGUGCAGCGCAUCAAGGCCGUGGAGACGGAGACCCGCUUGCUGGUGGUGGACAAGGAGACGGACGACUCGCGCGGCAGCAAGAAGGAUUUAAAUGGCCAGAGAGAGCUGUGCCCGCGUCUCUGCCACCUCAAGAAGGGCCCCAAUGGCUACGGCUUCAACCUGCACAGCGAGAAGUCGCGGCCAGGGCAGUUCAUCCGCUCGGUGGAUCCCCCGCCCCCCCAAGCCUGCCUGCGGCCCCAGGACCGGCUGGUGGAGGUGAACGGGAUCAACGUGGAAGGGCUGCGGCACGCCGAGGUGGUGUCGCACAUCAAGUGCCGGGAGCACGAGGCCCGGCUGCUCGUGGUGGACCCCGAGACGGACGAGUACUUCAAGAAGCUGGGGGUGACCCCCACGGAGGAGCACGCCAAAGGUGCGGUGCCGCAGCCCAUCACGAACGGAUCUGCGCAGAGCCAGCUGAAUGGAGGAUCCACGUCUUCAUCUCACAGUGACCUUCAAAGUCCUGGGAAAGAAUCAGAGGAUGGAGAGUGCGACAAGAAGGACCCCUUCGAGGAGAGCGGCCUGUCGCUGAGCCCCACGGCGGCCGAGGCCAAGGAGAAGGUGCGCGCCAAGCGCGUGAAGAAGAGGGCCCCGCAGAUGGACUGGAACAAGAAACGGGAGAUUUUCAGCAACUUCUGAACUCGCCAGCGGCUCCUUUCUGCCCUGUCUCCUUCCCCCGCACUCGGCUCUCCCUAGCCCGGACAUUUCGGAGGUGCCCAGGCCUCGUCUUCAGUGUCCACGUGAGAUGCUUUGUACUCUGCUCUUCACUGGUUGCUUUUAUGAGGCGUAUUUUUAAGUCCUUUUUUUAUUAUUAUUAUUGUUGUUGUUAUUGUUACUCACCAGCAAUUCUCGUAAGACGAAUGUGACCAAAGCUCCUUUUCUCGCUUGCUCUGGCUGCCUGCAGUUCCCUGUUCCUGCUGAGAAAGGACUUGAAGAGUUUAACUCUUGUUUCUUACCUGCAUAAUUUAGUUAUUCCUUUU